AUGUCUGAGUUAUCAGCCACGAUCAAAAACAAAGAAAAUCUUAAUAAAACUCUACCUGUUGAUGAAAGCUUUAUAAAAUACACAUCGUAUUACACUGAUGAUUUUGUAAACCCAAAUUAUAAAGACAUUCAAUUAAAUAAGUUCGCCCUUUCACUAAAAGAUGCUACAGAUUCAAUAGAAGCCCAACUUCCAAGGAAAAUUGAAACCUUUCCGAUGACUUUGCUUUCCUUUAAAUGCCUCUCACGGAGUUCAAUGUUUCUUGUUUUAGUUUAUCGUGGACAAUCUGGGCUCAUUUCUUAUAAUUCUAUUACAAGUGAUACAAGCAAUCCUGUAAAAAUUUCUGAGGAUAGGCUUACUGUUUUAGAAACAUGUAAAGAUGAUACAGUUGCAGCAGUUGGAGUGGGUAUUUACGAGCACAGAAUAUUUUUGUAUAAAAUUUAUCCUAUAGAACUGCUGCGAAUCCUAUCAAAUCAUCAUUUUAGAGUAUCUUAUUUCGUUGUCAGUUAUGAUAAGCAGUUUCUGUAUUCUAUUGCUAGCAUAACAUAUUUUGGGCAUAUUUAAGGUUUAAAUCAUUUUUAAGAAAAAUAUUCUAUUAAUUUCUUUACCUCAUUCUAUUGCAAAAAAUGAAAUUUUUUGCUGAAAUUCUGAUAAUUUUGAAAAACCUUCCGAUUCUAUUCUUCUUGAUGAGUUUGAUAAAAUAGAUGUCUCUAUAGAUGGAAGGGUUCUAAUUCUUGGAUCUAAAACUGGAAAAAUAGUGAAAUAUACAUUUGAUGGAGGUAAUGUUUCUGAAAUUAAAUAUGAAAAAGGGAUUAAAAUUAUCAAGAUCUCGUACUUUGGGAAUUUUAUUGCAGUUUCAUAUAAAGACUAUGUCAAAAUAUUGACCCUUUCUAAUUUAAGUUUUAUUUAUGAGGUCUCUAUAAAAAGCAAAAUAAAAUCAUUAGCAUUUACGAAGAAGAAUGGCUCGUUGGUUAUUGGCACCAUAGAUGGGCAAAUUAGUAUAUGAGAAUUUCUCGCCAGAACUGAUUUAAUUAAUAUUCCUAUCUCCCUUAGCCAAAUAUCCAAACUAGAUGUUGACGAUAACGACCAAAUCUUUAUUCUAUGCAAAAAAAACGAUUUUUUUGCUUUAAAUUAUCCCUCCUACUCAUCAAUGGCCUUAUUCUCUGAUUACUCUGGAAUGGCAUUUAAUGCAGAUACUCUUUAUUUCUAUGAUCAAACUAAUAGAAUUUUCAUAAAUAAAGUAGGCACUCAAGAAAAAUCAGUUUUAAUAACCCACCCAAGAAAAAUAGAAAAACUUGUCCCAGCUAAUAAUAUUUUAAUUAUUUUGGACUUUGAGUAUAUUACUGCUUAUAAUCAGCACACAUGCGAAACUUUUGAAAAGAAAAAAGGAAGAGAAACAAGUUUCGCUGCAGAAGUGAGCUCAGAUUUUUCUUGAAUUUGCGUAGGGGGAUUGGAUCAAAAGCUGAGAAUUUACAGCCUGGAUACUCUUGAAUUGAUAAAAGAAUUUGUAGGGCAUACUAAUGAAAUAAGAGCAGUAUGCAUCUUUCGUCAAGACACUUUAAUUGCUACUGGGAGCAGAGAUAGUACAAGUAAAAUUUGAAAUUUUAAGAGUGGGGAAAAUUUGGUAACAUUAAAAGGCCAUCAAAGACCGAUUUAUUCAGUAAAAUCUGUGCAUGAUGAUAAGCUACUGUUGACUGCUAGCUUUGAUCACACUAUAAAAAUCUGGUUUUGGGAAACAGGAUCCUUAGUCCAUACUAUAUCCUGUGAACUUGAAUAGUGCAUUUAAGCAAUUUUUAUUAGUAUUCAACAAAUAUUUAUAAAUAAGCAACUUUUGCUUAUAUAUAAUAGCUCAUAAUAUUAUUGAUAAAGGUGGAAUAUACUCAAUAGCAGUUUCUCCUAACAAUGGGUAUUUCGUGUAUGGGGGGACAAGUGAAGAAUUAAAUUUUUUCUGCACAAAAACUUUCUCAAAAAUAUUAUCAAUUAAAGGCGAAGGAGUUAUCUCAAUGAUAAAAUUUAGCAGUGAUGGGAAAUAUAUUAUCUGUAAAUCUUCAUGAGACAGUAAAGUUUAUUCUUAUGUGAUUGAGAAUCCAAUGAAUAAGGAAACUUGUGAGGUGUAUGGGUUUGGAGUUAACAAAUAUAAGUUCAUGAAAUAUAUUCAAGGCAUAAUUAAAUGAAAAGACCCUAAAGCUUAUGAUAGCAGCAUGGAUGAUUGCGUAAUGCUUCCAGAUAUGAUCACUCCUCUCCAAAUUUACACAUUUUUUAAUAUGACUGAAUGCAUUUCAAAAUCAUUAGAAAACAGACCCAAUUUUGCAUCAACAUCGUUUAAUUUAGAUCCAAUAUCGAUUGCUGUCAAAAAAAAUCUGAAAGAUAGUCUAAGCAUUCUUUUACAACAUCUUAUGCUAUGUGAAAAUCCAUUUGUUUUUAGUCUAGUUAGCAAAGAAAUUUUAAUAGGAAUUAAUAGUGCAGAUUACCCCAUUAUUCAACAAUUUUAUGCAACUGUAUUUAAAAAAGCAGAAAAUCUAAACUUGCCUAUGCAAUGCAGCAAAACUGUUUGGAAUCCUAUUUUUUUUCACUCUGAUAUAUUCGUGCCAAAGUCGAUUGACUUCUUUGGCAAUGAUAAAAUAAUUGAAGAAAAAACAAUUUCAUUUUGAUACACUCUUUUGCCUUUGAAUCUAACUUUGGGUUCACAAGACAGUAUUGAUUUUCUGCAGAGCAUACUUUGCACUCCAAAUAAAUCAAUUUUUCGCACGCAGUUUAUAAAGAUGAUCCUUUUAGAUAAGUGACUAAAAGCAAAAUGAAUUAUGUAUGUCCAAGCUUGCAUUUAUAUUUUAUAUAUGACGUGUCUUUCAUUAUAUGUACUUUUUGAUAGAAACGGGAUGAGUGGGAUUAUCCCAUUUUUUAUUUUGUCUAUAGUUCUUUUUGUUUAUGAAGUUUUGCAAAUGGUCUAUAAUAUGGGCAAAAGGUCUUUGAAUUUGUGGGUGUGUAGUGACAUAGUAAGAAGUGGUCUAGCAUUUUUGUACUGUAUAUACGUAUGAAAAAAUGAUGAUAAUAGUAAAAGCGACGAAAUCUUAGUUUAUCUUAUGUGCUUAUCUUGGCUUAGAGGAUUAUCAUACUUUCGGCUAUUUAUAUGGACUAGAUAUAGCACAAGCCUUAUUUUAGAUCCCUUAGGACGAGUGCUUUUAUAUAAAAAAUUUAAGUUUUUAAAUUAAGGUAAAAUCUGAAAAGUCAAUUUUUAAAUUGACAAAUAAGACAUAUAUAAUGGAACUUUUAAAUUGAUAUUUGACUUUUUGGAAUUUUUUGGGAAUUUAAAAUAAUUUUUUUCUUUGAAGGGCAUUUUCCUUGAAAAUCUAUAGGGGAGCACGCGCUAUAUAUGAUCAACUUGCUUUUUGAAGUGUUAAAAGACAUGAUAUCAUUUCUUCUUAUUCUCUUUUAUUCUGUGCUUUCUUUCUGUUUCAUUUUUAUUGCUAUUGAUAGCAGCUCUGACCAUUCAAAUUUUGCCCAUUAUAUCGAAUUUUCAUAUUUGGUGAUUUUAAACAGUUUUGAUUCCAGUACAUUUUCAUCUCUUGAGUGGGUAAUUUUUAUUAUUGCAUCAAUAAUUGAGCCGAUUAUUUUGCUGAAUGUUUUGAUUUCUAUUAUGGGGAAUACAUAUGAAAGAGUUCAAGAAGGAUUUGAAGUAGCUGAUAACUAUGAAUUGACUGAUAUGAUUCUUGAAGUAGAAAAUCUUUUAUUAUGGAAUAGGCGCAAAAGGAAUUAUCAAUAUUUUCAAAUGUGCAUGGAUAAUCUGAAUGAUGAUGAUAGUGAUUCAUGGAUGGGAAAAAUAAAAGAGCUAAAAAUGAUGAUAAAUACUAUCCAAAAGGGUCAAGAGACUAUAAGUGAGGAAAAUAAACUAUUUUUAACUGAAAUAAAAGCAAUAAAAGCUGACAGCCAAGCUCUUAGGAACCAAAUCUCAGGGAUUGAGGCAAAUGUUCUGACUUUGUUAAACCACUUUCAAAAAAAUGAAGAAAAUAAGAAAAAUCUAUCGAGAUAUUUUUGUCCAAAAAUGCAUGAUUUGGUAGAAGAUGAUGACUAUGCAAAUGAAAUUUAUGAAAAAUAUAAUAAAGAGCCAUAUUGUAAUAGAUGCUUAAAAAAGAAAAAUGGGGUAUAUUAUGUCUGUAAAACAUGUGAAUACCUUAUAUGUGAAAAUUGUCUUAAAUUUAUGGUUUCUCCAACUGAAAAAGCAACUUGGUUUACUUGCACUCUCAGCCAUAAAUUAAUUUUUAUUGAAGAUUUAUCUGUUUACCAAAUAUCAGAAACAGCGAAAAAAACAUUGAUAUGUGAAAGUUGCAAAAAAUUGAGAUUGACUGGAAUGAUUACUUGUGAAACUUGCAAAAUCUACUUAUGCUUAAAAUGCAUCGAAAGAAUCAAAAAAUUCAUCCCAAUUUUAAGCACCAAAUUUUGCAGAAAUGGGCAUCAGUUAGAAUGGAGAGAAAAAAUUACUUACAGAAACCCUAGCUACUGCUGCGACAUCUGCCGAGCUUCAGUCCGAAGAAUUGGCUCUUUUCAUUGUGAUUUGUGUGUCUUUGAUGUGUGUCCAAAGUGCAUCGAAAACAUUUAA